AUGAGAAAUCGGCUGCUUUUAGGGUUAAGCUGUGUUCUUCUUCUUCUCGGAGUUUUCACUGUCUCUGCAAUUGCCCGGCCAUUCGUCCUGGUGCUGUCUCAGGAAGACCUCAACCUCAAAGACCCGGCAACGGAAGGGGCUUCUGAUGCGGACUCAACCGAAUCCGACUUCGACGACUUUAUUGAUUCCGAAGCCAAACCAGAUUAUGAGCUCGACCCAGGUUCAUGGAGCCCGAUAUUCGAACCGGGGAAUAGUAACAAGAAUUCCCCGUACUUCAAUUCCUCUGAGGAGGAAGGUGCUGGGGAGAGCACUAAUUACGAUUUGAUAUAUUAUCUGGCUGUGAAGAAGAUGGCGAGGGCUGCGAGCAGGGGUGACGAGAGGGCUAUGGCUGAGGCUGCGGCGGAGAUCGAGGCUGCUGGUGCAGCGGGCCACUCUCACUCGCAGUCGGUUAUGGGUUUUCUGUACGGUAUGGGGAUAAUGAGGGAGAGGAGUAAAGCUAAGGCCUUUCUGCAGCAUUAUUUUGCGGCAGAGGGUGGUAAUAUGCAGUCCAAGAUGGUUCUUGCUUACACCUACUAUCGCCAAGAAAUGCAUGAGAAAGCAGUUAAGCUUUAUGCUGAAUUGGCAGAGACAGCUGUGAAUAGUUUUCUUAUUUCGAAGGACUCGCCUGUGUUAGAACCUGUUAGGAUUCAUAGUGGGGCUGAGGAAAACAAAGAGGCACUGAGAAAAUCUCGAGGUGAAGAGGAUGAGGAUUUUCAGAUUUUGGAAUACCAAGCACUGAAAGGGAAUGCAGGAGCAAUGUACAAAAUUGGAGUGUUUUAUUACUUUGGAUUGAGGGGAGUGAGGCGUGACCAUGCCAAGGCGUUAUUGUGGUUCUUGAGGGCUGUAGAGAAAGGUGAACCAAGGUCAAUGGAACUUCUCGGGGAGAUUUAUGCUAGGGGUGCUGGAGUUGAAAGGAACUACACCAAAGCUCUGGAGUGGUUAACACUCGCCUCAAAGCAACAGCUUUUUUCAGCUUACAAUGGGAUGGGCUAUCUUUAUGUUAAGGGUUAUGGAGUGGAGAAAAAAAAUUACACAAAGGCUAAAGAGUACUUUGAGAAGGCUGCUGACAAUGAGGAAGCUGGUGGCUAUUACAACCUCGGUGUGAUUUACCUGAAGGGCAUUGGUGUGAAGAGGGAUUUGAGGCUAGCAUGCAACUACUUUAUAGCGGCUGCUAAUGCUGGUCAACCAAAGGCUUUUUAUCAAUUGGCAAAGAUGUUCCAAACUGGUGUUGGCCUUAAGAAAAAUCUUCCCAUGGCCACAGCUCUUUACAAAUUAGUUGCAGAGCGUGGACCAUGGAGUUCUUUGUCUAGAUGGGCAUUAGAAUCGUAUCUAAAGGGUGAUGUAGGCAAGGCCUUCCUCCUGUAUUCGAGAAUGGCAGAGUUAGGGUAUGAGGUAGCACAAAGUAAUGCUGCAUGGAUUCUAGACAAAUAUGGAGAAAAUAGUAUGUGCAUCGGAGAAUCGGGUAUCUGCAGGGAUGUAGAGAGGCAUCAGAGGUCUCAUGCUCUGUGGUGGCAAGCAUCUGAACAGGGGAAUGAACAUGCUGCUUUGCUAAUAGGGGAUGCUUAUUAUUAUGGCCGGGGGACUGAACGAGAUUACGAUCGUGCAGCAGAAGCUUAUAUGCAUGCGAAGUCUCAGUCCAAUGCUCAAGCUAUGUUUAACCUAGGUUAUAUGCAUGAACAUGGUCAAGGACUACCCCUUGACCUUUACCUUGCCAAGCGAUAUUAUGAUCAAGCAUUGGAAAUUGAUCCAGCUGCAAAACUGCCAGUGACUUUAGCUCUUGCAAGCUUGUGGUUACGCAUGAACCACGCGGAUAGUUUCAUGGUGGGCAUCAUUGAUUCACUGCCUGAUAUAUACCCGAAAGUGGAGACAUGGGUGGAGGAUGUGAUCAUGGAGGAAGGAAAUGCCACAAUUCUAACCCUUUUUGUGUGCCUCCUUACUGUUCUUUACCUCCGUGAGCGCCAGCGUCGCCAGGCCGGUGCUGUUGCUGUUGCCGGUGAAGUAGCUCCUCCUGAGCAACCUUUUGGCCACGGCGCUGUUGCUGUUCAUUGA